AUAAACAUACACCGCCGAGGGACGGAUGACAGACACGAGAGACCAACAUCACCAUCGACCGAAGAACAAACCAAGACCUGAAGAGCCAUGAAGACUCUGAGCCUCCUGAGCGUCUGCGCUCUGCUGUCUGUCUGCGCAUCUAUGGGAGUGUACACGGAGCCGGACGUCGCCGACGAACCUGCGGCCGAGGUGGUUGUUCCUCCCACCGGAGCUCCGUCUGAUACCGACUCUUCCUCAGCAUCCUCAUCUGCCUCAGACUCCGAUUCUGCUUCCUCCGAGUCCGACUCCGCAUCCGACUCCGCGUCGGAUUCUGCCUCAGAUUCUGCCUCAGAUUCUUCCUCUUCCUCAUCUGAGUCAAACUCCGUCAGCGCUGAAGGCACUCCUGCUCCUCACGUGCUGCUGAAGAGAGACGUGGCCGCUUCACUGCUGCGACGCCGGAGAGCCGGAGCUCCUGCAGCUCAACUGACUCCUGUACAGCUGGAGAGUUUGCGAGAGGUGUGUGAAGUGAACGUGGCCUGCGACGAGAUGGCUGACACCGCCGGGAUCGUAGCGGCUUAUACGGCGUAUUACGGACCGAUCCCAUACUAAUGCACGCAAACACACUUUACAUUGACAUCUGGUGUCUUCAUACUGAUAUACUGACACCCUCAGACAAACUUUACAGUAUUUUUUGUUUUUUUGAUUUUCAAGACAUUUAGUGUGUUUUAAUGCCAGAAUACUUAAUGUAGGUGAUUUCAGGUUUUCUUGUCCUUUUACUGGGAGAAAUCAGUGAAAAAUCCUGAUGGUUCAUGUUUAUACGCCAGUGAAUGAGACACUAAUAGUGCAAUGAGACUCAGAUUCCUCAAUGUUAGUGAAAUGUGUUUAACUCCUCUAUAUUAUGCCUGUGUAUAGAUAUGAAGCAUAUAUUUUAGGUUUAAUUAGACACGUUAAAUCGAUUGUUGAAGUAGUCGAUGAUUCUUUUCGUUAGUUUUGUGAAUCAAAGGUGCUAUUUCACACUGACUGAAGGCAGAAUUGUUUUUCUGUCGUGUUCUGUAUAUAAAACACAUGAGAAGUUCAUUGACACGUUACCUGAAGCUGUUGACAUUUUUGUCAGUGUGUUAUUUUAUUGUGCACAUAAUACUUGUAUAGAGCGUAUACUGUAAUAAAAAUACAAAAGAUAUGUCA